GGCGUGGGCCCCUGCUACGCGACGAAGGCCGCGCGGAUCGGCGUGCAGGCGUGGGAGCUGCUUUGCUGGGAUCGGUUCGAGGAGAGCUACCUGGGCGUUGCUGCUGCGCUGCAGCAGCAGUGUGGGGCCCCGCUGGGGGUGGCGCUUGCUGCGGAGCUGGCGGAGCACCGGGUGUACAGACAGCUGCUGGCCCCGCAGCUGGCCGACACUGCAGCGCUGCUGCUGGGCGGCGUCUUGUGUGGGGCCCGUUUGCUGCUGGAAGGCGCAAAUGCUGCGCUGCUGGACCUGGACCUGGGGACGUACCCCUUCGUGACUUCCUGCUGCACCACUGCAGCAGCAGCAGCAGCAGGGCUGGGCCUGCCGCUGCGCUGCUUCGCGCCGCGCUUUGCUGCUGUCGUCGGCGUCGCCAAGGCCUACUGCACGCGUGUGGGGCGCGGGCCCAUGCCCACGGAGCUGCGGGAUCGUGUUGGGGAUCGUCUCCAGCGCGUGGGGCGGGAGCUGGGAUCGACCACGGGCCGCCCCCGCCGCUGCGGCUGGCUCGACCUCCCGCUGCUGCUGCAUGCGGCGCGCCUCAACGGCUUCGACUGUCUCUUUUUGAACAAGCUGGACGUUUUGUCGGGGAUCGAUCCCCUGCUGCUCUGCGUCGCCUACAGGGACAGCAGCAGCGGGCUGCUGCUGCCGCCCCACAGCUUCCCCGCUGCAGCGCAGCAGCUGCAGCAAGUGCGCCCGGUGUACGAACGCCUCCCCGGCUGGCACCAGAGCAUUUCCCGCUGCAGCUCUUUCCACCAGCUGCCCCCCAACGCCCAGCUGUACGUACACCGCGUCCAGCAGCUCCUCGGCAUUCCCAUCGCCUUCAUCGGCGUCGGGCCGGACACCCACGCCGUCAUCCGCAACUUCUGA